CGCAGCACUGAGAUCCGGUGCCCGCUGCAUCCUCUGAACACAGUGGAACACCAAUCGUCAUACGGGACCUCUGUGCGAGGUCCCGAUCAUGUGAUCACUGAUUGUCCAAUCAGUGAUCGCAUGCAGAGUAGUAAGCAAGAUGUCACUUCUGACAUCAUUGCUUACUACGUGUGAAAUCUGUGAAUGAUCACAGAGGUCACAUGGUACAAGGCUAUUCACAAAAGCCUUGUACCAUGUGACAAGCUGUGACCAAUCACAGCUCACUCAGUAAUUCUCAAUGAGUGCAAGAAUGCACACAGAGAGAAAGAGAAAUGAUUGCUUUUACAUCCUAUAUAGGUGUAAAAGCAAUCAGUGUAAAAAAA